AUGUGGAGAGGAAGUAACGAAUUAGGGUUUCAAACAAAGAUGAAAGAACGAGUGGAGGUGACCAGAAAGAUCGAGAAGAAAAGUCGAGAAAGAAGAAGAAGCAGAAGAAGAAGAAAAUCAACAACGUCUCUCCCUCGCGAUAUAAUUUCAGAGAUACUCUCAAAGCUGCCAUUUAAAUCUAUCGUGCGGUUUCGUUGUGUCUCAAAGCUAUGGUCAUCGAUCACCACCGAUCCAUAUUUCCAUAAAUCGCUACAAACAACACGUCUGUUAGUCGUCGGCUUCAGGAAACAUGAUGGGUUCUUUGUCUUGUCUAUUCCUCAAGAGAAUCUGCAGAAUCGGAACGAGUCUUUUGACUCUUUUACAUAUAAUUCGUAUUCCUGUUCUCAACCUAUUGGAAGUUACCGUAUGACACACGUAAGCUAUCAACGUUUCUUCACCAUUGAAACAGAGUCAAUUCACGGCUUGAUGAUCGGCUUUAUAACACCAAAGAUUCCCAUAGUCUGGAAGCCUAGCAUGAGAAAGUUGUUACCUUUGCCCAAACCCUUCAAAACGUGGUUGAUAGACUUUAGAAUCUUUUUAGGAUACGAUCCAAUCGAGGGUAAACACAAAGUUGUGUACCUGCCUAAGAUGCGUUUUGAUCAAGCUUUAGGUGAGUGCGAUGUUUUAACAUUGGGAUCGAGAUCAGCUCAAGAACCAUGGAGAACGCUGGAAAAAAUCCCUAAUCAUUUCCCUUUAACUGAUGGUAACACUAACACUGGUUAUUCUCAUGCACGAUGCAUCAACGGUGUUGUGUAUUAUCAUGCCAAACUUGGUUCCAAACUUGAUUCCAAAAUUGUUAUGAUGAGCUUUGAUGUAAGAUCUGAAAAGUUCCAUGUGAUAACAUUACCACGGGGUUAUAAGUCUUGGCGGAGGACGAUAUCAUAUCACGGAAAGUUUGCUUGUGUUGGUUAUGAUAAUCAAUGUAAGACAAUCUCAAUGUUUUUAUUGGAGGAUGCAACGAAACACGAAUGGUCCAUGCAUCAGUUUUCAGCUAGCUCUUCCCGAACAGUGUCCGGAUUUGAAUCAUUUCGACCUAAUGACUGA